UCCGUCAGACACAUUUUCCGCCUUCCAGGUCGGCCGUUCAAACGCCAGCGCUUCGCGCGAACGUUUCUAAUGCAGCUGUACAAGUGAAAUUUUUUUCCGUUUCCCUUGCAGUUUGGCGCUAGUAUAAAGCUGCGUUUUUAAUGACAGCAAUAAUUCAGCAAUUUUAAGUGAGGAUGGCCGAUUCGGUUCCGGGUGUGCUGCCGGCCGAGGUGAGCGGCACGGCGGCGCUCGGAGCAUCCUUCCCCGUGGGCUAUCCGGGCUUCAAGCCCGAGGAUCACGGCCUGGACCGCGGCUUCCGGCUCACGGCCUUCUCCGAUCUCAAAGGAUGAGGCUGCAAGGUCCCCCAGGAGGCGCUGCUCAAACUCCUGGAGGGACUGGAGCCCGACCGCUCCACAGCGGUAGCGGGGGAGGACGGGGGCACGGCCGCGGGAGUGGGACCCGCCGGGGAUGAGGCCGCCGACUACGGGCAGCUGGCCCCGGUGACCGGCCCGCGACUCGGUAUAGGAAUGGACUCCUGUGUGAUCCCACUCCGACACGGUGGUCUUUCUCUGGUGCAGACUACAGACUUCUUUUAUCCGCUGGUAGAGGAUCCCUACAUGAUGGGUCGCAUUGCCUGUGCAAAUGUGCUGAGUGACCUGUAUGCGAUGGGUAUCACGGAGUGUGACAACAUGCUAAUGCUUCUGAGCGUCAGUCAGAAGAUGAAUGACAAGGACCGCGAGCGAGUGAUGCCUCUGAUGAUAAAAGGCUUCCGCGACGCAGCAGAGGAGGGUGGCACAUCUGUUACUGGGGGGCAAACUGUUGUCAACCCCUGGAUCAUCAUUGGCGGGGUGGCCACUGUGGUGUGCCAGCCUAAUGACUUCAUCAUGCCGGAUAGUGCGGUUCCAGGUGACGUCCUGGUGUUGACCAAACCUCUUGGAACUCAGGUGGCUGUUAAUGCCCACCAGUGGUUGGACAUGCCUGAUAAGUGGAAUAAGAUUAAGCUGGUGGUGACGAGGGAUGAGGUCGAGCAGGCGUAUCAGGAAGCGAUGUUCAACAUGGCCACGCUCAACAGGACAGCUGCUGCCUUGAUGCACACGUUCAACGCCCAUGCCGCAACGGACAUCACAGGCUUUGGGAUCCUGGGUCACGCCCGCAACCUGGCACGGCAGCAGCGUAGCGAUGUGGCCUUUGUCAUCCACAACCUGCCCAUCAUUGCCAAGAUGACAGCCAUCAGUAAGGCCUGUGGUAACCGCUUUGGCCUGCUGCAGGGGACCUCCUCUGAGACAUCAGGGGGACUGCUCAUCUGCCUGCCCAGGGAGCAGGCUGCCAGGUUCUGUGCUGAGAUGAAGUCGUGUCGGCUGGGUGCUGGUGGCCAGCUGGGCCAGGAGGGCGGUACCGGAGAGGGCCAGCAGGCCUGGAUCAUUGGCAUUGUUGAGAAAGGGAACCGUUGUGCCAGGAUCAUUGAUAAGCCCCGCAUCAUAGAGGUGCCCCCCAGGGGGUCCAUUAGCGGAAUCCAGGAGGGCAACAACAGCAGCACAAACAACACGAACGCCCCCAGCCCCAGUGAGAUCCAGAGCGGUGGGGUCAAUUGAAGGCCGGUAGAGCACCAUUCUCUAAUUGUUAGCUAGUUUUCAUUCUGGCUUUGUGUUCUGUGUACUUUGUCAUCAGAUGCGCUUUGUUCCUUGUCUACAACUCUUCCUCUAGCCUUUCUCUUGUCCUUACGCUGUACAAGUGUAGACUGCCCGUUCUAUAGUCUGCAUAGACUGUGUGUGUGUCUUUAUGGAGACUGUUUAUCUGCAUGGUUGAGUGCGUUGAGCCCUGAUAUCGAUUGCAUUUAAUAUGUACUAUGGAAGUGACAUGCUUUUUCCACACUUCUCAUAUCCCUUUCCCUCAACAUCCUGUUCAUUCUCCCUGCUGUCCAUUACUCCACCCUGUUCAGCCGUAGGGUUGAGAGCAACAGACCAAAAAUUUUCAUUUUUAUUUUUAUUUUUUCCUUGGUGGGAGGGGACAUGGAUGGCACACUUUUUUUCAAUUUCAUUCGCUCCUCAAUCAGCCUUGUUCUCAAAACCCUGUUUGGUUUUCAUUGCAUUCUUUUUGUAACUAGGAAGCACUAAAUUGCUCUGAGGUCCUAGGCUGAGCUUAACUGUGUAUCACUUUUACAGUGCUCUUCCUUUUUUUGGCUUUAUUGCGUUGGAAGAAGUGCGUAUGUGGGUCUUCCUACCUGUUUGCUGAUGGAGACCGUACCAUCGUGUUUUUAACAAUGACUUAUGGGGAUUUUCAGAGCUGUAUAACCAGGACUUCCUUUAGUUCUUGCCAUGUUCUAGCUUCCAUGCGGUGUCGGCUUUGAUUUUUCUCUAUUCUGACUUCGCACCAUGUGCAGUAGCUCCUGUGUCACUCAGUGGUGCUCCUCAGUCCAGGGACUCUGUCCAGUCCUUGUCCUCAUCACUUCCAUCUGCACGAUCACCUGAUUACCACCUUGUAACUAUCUGCUUUGGCUGCUUCUUUCAUCUGCAGUUUUUGUGAGGAACACAUUCUGUGGAAUGCCCAGUAAAAUUUCAUUUAUAACAUCACUGUAGAGUUUAUUAGGAAGAUGCACUUAAAUGUUUCUGCUGAGUAUACCUGUCUGAAUUGAUAAUGGCUUUGAUCCAUUUCCUGUUAGUAUUAUUAUUUAGAAAAGUGAAACAUUUGAUUUGGGAAUGCCACAAACAUUCUGUAAUUCUACAGCUGACAUUGGUUUGUUCACUCCCCUCCCCCCUUCUUCCCUGGAGCAUUUGAGACAAACAAUCUUCUUUAAAUGAAAGAAUGUCUCCAGUUUGUGCAUUGCAGAGGAAAUUGCUGCUUUUUAGGGGAAAAAAAAACUGAUUAUGCCAAAAAAAUGUAUUUGAAUGGUCUUUAUGCUUGGAGGAUAAUUCAUAUCUAACUGAUCUCUACGCAAUAUGCAGCUGGUUACAUGCUUUCUCCCAUAUGUCCUGUAUGUGUGGUCACUUUUGUAGAUGGGUUUUGCUUCAAAGGGUUUUUCAGGGCUUUGGUUUGGAAAUGCACCUCUGUAGUAGUGCCUGCAAGCAAAUAAUUGCAGAUAAGUGUGUUUCUCUUAUGGGUGGUUGAUUUGGUUUGUUCAAAGUGGGGGUUUUUUUUAUUAGACUGUCAAUCAAAAGAUAUUCUUGUGAAUGUUCAUGUGUAUUUGAAUUGAAUGAUAAAGAAUUGUCUUAUGGUGUGUUUAUGGCAAUUACCAAUGAUGAAAGCAGUGGAAAGUUAAACUGAUUUAUUGUGUGAAUGAUUUAGGGAGGGGGGUAUUUAAUAAUUGGACAUGUAAAUAGUUGCCCUGGUUUUUUUUUUUUUUUUUCUUCCUCUUUUCUCCUCUCUUCUCUCUCCUCUUCUAGGGCUCCUGGUUUGUGUUGUCCUGCCCUUUUGGUUAAGUUACUGUCUGGUUGUAUGCUAAGAGCCCCUAGCUACUCACUGUAGACCUGAGAGAGGCUUGAGCAGCUCACUCUGGUCCAGUGCAGUAUUUAGAGCUCCGGAUGGGCCUGCUGAUUGCCCCACGCUGCACAAUACUUUCUGCCUCCUCCUGCUCAUGAUGCUCUGCUCGCUAAACCCCAGCCAUUGGGGAUGAGUGGAGUUGAUGACCCUGCAAAGAAGGGGACAGGCCCUUGGCUCUGGGGGCCAAUCAGCUGGUGUAUUUUUCUUUUUAUUUUUGUGUGUUUGACUGUACUACUCAAUCAUUACUUUCAAUAAAACCAAGGAUGUAGUUUCU